UCAGUUGGACACUGUAUAAAAGAUUUCCCUUAUGUGAGUAACAACAUAGAUCUUGUUGAGAAGCAACAUGCUGCUCACAGCAGCAGGUUAUAUAAGAUGAACUCAUCAUCUGCCAACCUUACACUGACAGGGCGACGUCCAGAUCCCUUUGGUAAAGCUGUGACUAAGAUUUUCAUUGUCAUGCUUCUGGGAAUUUCCAUCAGCUACAUCAAUGCUGCUCUCAUUCACACCUUCAAGAAACAUCAGAUUUUCCACACGAAUCCUCGGUACAUCCUGUUCAUCCACAUGGUGGUCAACGACAUGAUCCAGGUGACCCUCUCUAUCAGCUUGUUUAUCAUCAGCUACAGCGUCUACAAAAUCAGUGUUUCAGUUUGCUGUAUCCUUGUCCUUAUUACUCUCUUCACUACUGAAAACACCCCCCUGAACCUGGCCUGCAUGGCUUUGGAGUGCUAUGUCGCCAUCUGCAUGCCACUGCGCCAUGCCCAGAUCUGCACUGUUAAAAGGACAUUGAUGUUGCUGGGAUUAAUCUGGGCAACCACCAUGCUGUCAGUCCUCCCAGACCUGUUCAUCACCUUGGCCAUAGAACCACUGGAGUUCUUUAACACCCAAGUAUUUUGUAUCAGACAAACCAGCUUCCGAAGUGCUGUUCUUCUUAAAAAGAGAGACGUCACAUAUUCAUUAUUUCUAGUUUUAGUUUGGUUUACUAUCUUUUUCUCCUACUUCAAGAUCCUGUUCACAGCAAAAACAGCAAACAAGGAUGCAACAAAAGCCAGAAACACAGUCCUCUUGCAUGGGUUUCAGGUGGUGCUUUGUAUGACUACAUAUGCAGCUCCUCUCCUCCUAAGUUUGCUGCAACGGUUGUUUGUUCUAAACUAUAACGACUCUCUUUUUGCAUUUUACAUUGUAGUGCAGGUACUGCCACGAUCCAUUAGUCCAAUCAUAUACGGUGUGCGAGAUAACACUUACAGGGGGUACCUAAAAAGAUAUUUGCUGUGUAAAUUCAGAGUCAGAAAACAUCCAGAUCCUUGAUUUUUUUCAGUAAAAAAUAAUCCCUGAUGUCCGUUGCUCAGUAACACAAAGUGUCUGUACUCGUCAAAUUAACAAACCCUUAAUUUCUAAGCCAAUAAAUAAUUGAUUAUUUCAAUAAUCAAUUAAUCAGGACAUAUCUAAUUAAUUUCUUUAGCCA